GGCUUAUCACGCAUGCGCAACCCCGAGCUGGCCCAAGAAGUUCGUAGCCUUUGUUAGGGCCGGGAGGGGAGGAGAGUUGGUUGGCGGGGUGUUGCGCCUCGCAGCUCCACCGCGGAGGUCGCCUCCGGGCUCGUCCUGUGCAGAAAAUGGGCUGGAGUGUACGGACGUGAAAGGGCCCUGGCCGGCAAGCCUGGAGCCGAAUACAGUCACGUUCUGGCUGGAAUCCCUCCCCCGAGACCAGUUGAGAGCGGUGCUGGUGGGCGCGCUGCGGGCCAGGCGGGCGCAACGGAGCGGGGGAUCCCGCGCGAGCGACCCGAGUGCAGCUGGAGUCGUCUGUGCACGUUUUGCCUUGACUGCAGCCCCAACACCAUCUCUUCAGACAAUCGUUACCGCCUCUCCCCUCUCCCGGGACAGCUCCGAGCAGGAGGGACCGUUUCAGGGAUGCUGUCCCCGGGUUUGCAGGCUGCAGCUCCGUGAGACCGAGGCGGCUCCGCGGUGAGGAAGAAACCCGAUCCCAUCUGACCAGACCUGUGCAGAGACCCCCGAGGGGCGAAGGAAAGGGGCAUCCUGCCUGCUGGGACUUCUCGCUACUUUGCACAGAGAGGUCUGGAUUUGAGUGAAGAGCAGCAUCUUCGAGACAUGGAGGAGGUGGUGAUCAUGGAGUCAGAUUUGGUUCAGAUGCCUGAGAAAAGAGAGGAGAACACAGAGGAGAAAGAAGAGGCAGCUCUGCGUCUCACGGCGAGAUCCCAGGAAACAAUGACAUUGAAGGACGUGGCCAUGGACUUCACGCCAGAGGAGUGGGGGAAGCUGGAUCCAGCACAAAGGGAUGUGAUGCUGGAGAACUAUAGGAACCUAGUCUCACUUUGGCUUCCAGUUUCCAAACCUGAAAACUACAGUUUGGACAAUGGGAAGGAACCUUUGAGGUUUGAGAGAAAAGCCCCUAAACGCAGUUACUCGGACAUGGAAACUAUACCUGAGAGCAAAGAUUCAAUUUCAGUGCAAGAAUUUUCCAAAGAGUCACAUCAGGAUGUAAUAAUGGACAGACUAACAAGAAAUAACGUCUAUGACUCCACCUUGGAAACAGCACUUGAAUGUGAAAAUUGGUUAGAAAAUCAGCAAGGAAGUCAGCAGAGACAUUUGAGAGAAGUGUUCACCCACAUGAAUUCACUUGCUGAGGAAAGAAAUCAUGAGCAUGAUAUAUAUUGGAAAAACUUCAGUCAAAAAUCUGUCCUUAUCCCUCAAGACAGAGUUCCCAAAGGAUCCUAUGCCUUUCAUACACUGGGUAAAAGAUUAAAGCAGAAGUCAAGCUUAAGGAAAAAGCAGAGAACCUAUAAAGAGAAAAAACCUCAUAAAUGUAAUGACUGUGGUGAACUCUUCACUUACCAUUCAGUGCUUAUUCGACACCAGAGAGUCCAUACUGGAGAGAAACCUUAUACCUGCAGUGAAUGUGGGAAAUCUUUUAGCCACAGAGCUAAUUUAACGAAACACCAGAGAACUCAUAAUAGAGUUCUCUUUGAAUGUAGUGAGUGCAAGAAAACCUUUACUGAAAGCUCAUCCCUUGCAAUACAUCAGAGAAUUCACAUUGGAGAGAGACCUUAUGAAUGCAGUGAAUGUGGGAAAAGUUUUAAUCGAAGUACACAUCUUGUGCAGCAUCAGUUAAUUCAUACUGGAGUAAAGCCUUAUGAAUGUAAUGAAUGUGACAAAGCUUUCAUUCAUUCAUCAGCACUUAUUAAACAUCAAAGAACUCAUACUGGAGAGAAACCUUAUAAAUGUCUAGAAUGUGGGAAAGCUUUCAGCCAUUGUUCAUCCCUUACCAAGCAUCUGAGAGUUCAUACUGGAGAAAAGCCAUACGAGUGUAGUGAGUGUGGAAAAACCUUUAGUCAGAGCACACACCUUGUUCAGCAUCAGAGAAUUCAUACAGGAGAAAAACCCUACGAGUGCAGUGAAUGUGGAAAAACUUUUAGCCGGAGCUCAAAUUUUGCAAAACAUCAAAGGAUUCACAUUGGAAAGAAACCUUACAAAUGCAGUGAAUGUGAAAAAGCUUUCAUUCAUUCAUCGGCUCUUAUUCAGCACCAGAGAACUCAUACUGGAGAGAAGCCUUUUAGAUGUAAUGAUUGUGGGAAGAGUUUUAAGUGCAGUUCAUCCCUCAUUAGACAUCAAAGAAUUCACACUGAAGAGCAGCCCUGAAAAGUUACCGAAUGUGAAGAAAUGGGCCCAGUCAGAAAGAAAUCUGAAGCACCAGAAGGAGACACCAGAGCAUACCUUCCUGUUGGGUAUGGAAAAACCUCCUGGGACGAUCAUCAGGAUCCUAACGUGAAGAUGAAAAGCUUCCCUUCAUGAAGAAGUUGCCAUUUCUCUGGCCUUCAUGUUUACAUACAUUGUUUUUGAGUGUCUGGUUUGUGUUUAUUCCUAAGCCAUUAAGAAAAUGAACAAGGCAUGCUGUCAAAAUGAUAUAUUAGGCUAAGUUACAUGGUGACCAAAGACUAGUGAUGAGAUUGGAACCAAAAGCCUUCAAAUAAAUAUUUAGUAAAACACUA